CCGACCCAACCUCCCCGGCGCUCUGCUGCGUCGCGCUCGCCUUCCCCGCAAAGAUGGAAGUCGUCAACCAGCUGGUGGCCGUCGGGCAGUUCCGGAUCUUCAAGGAGCCUCUAGGCUUUGUAAAGUUGCUAGAAUGGUUCUUUUCCAUCUUUGCAUUUGCAACAUGUGGCAGCUACAGUGGAGAAUUCCGCCUGAGUGUUGAAUGUGCGAACAAGACUGAGAGCGAUCUUGAUAUAAAGGUGGAGUUUGCCUACCCCUUCCGGCUCCACCAGGUGUAUUUUGAAGCUCCUACUUGUAAAGGGAACAAGGAUAAAGUUUUCUUGAUUGGAGAUUGCUCCUCCUCUGCUGAAUUCUUUGUCACCAUUGCUGUCUUCGCCUUCCUCUACUCCCUUGCCGUUAUUGUAGUCUACGUAUUUAUGCAGGACAAGUACAGGGAGAACAACAAGGGACCCAUGAUUGAUUUCAUCGUCACGGCUGUUUUCACCUUCAUGUGGUUGGUGAGCUCCUGUGCUUGGGCCAAGGGCCUUUCAGAUGUCAAGGAGGCCACUGACCCUGACAAUGUGAUUGAAGGCAUGGCUGUGUGCCGGAGUGAAGGCAACAAGUGCAAUGAGCUGCGGGAGCCCGUCACCUCCGGCCUCAACACCUCUGUGGUUUUUGGCUUCCUGAACUUGGUGCUUUGGCUGGGGAACAUGUGGUUCGUGUUUAAAGAGACGGGCUGGAGCACCCCCUUCGUCAAGUACCCACCUGCCCAGGAGAAGCCGCCAGCACCUGAGGCCUUUGGCGAUGCCUACAACCAAGCGCCAGGCUAUGGGCAGCAAGACACGUAUGGGCAGCAGGGUGGCUACCAGCCUGAUUACAGCCAGCAGGGCUAUGGGCAGCAGGGAGAGUAUGGGCAGCAAGGCGUCCAAGGCGGGCCCACUUCCUUCGCAAACCAGAUGUAGGCGGGUCCCUACCCCCAGCAGUAGGAGGCGUUGUGUGGAGGAAGCUACCAUCCUGUCCCUGCCCCCCAUGUCCCCUUGUGCAGGGGAAAGGGGGGGCCGGUGGGUGCUUGCACUGGGAGGGGGCUGGUGGGGUGUCAUCCCUCCCCCUCCCAAAUGAAUGUAGAUGUUUGUGCUGUUUAUAUAUAUAUAUAUUAUAUAUAUGAGAGAAACUACAACUAGAGAUAGACCGCCCCCUCUCCCAUUGCCUCGUGCGCACACACUCUGCCCGAUCUCAUUUCCCAUCCCUGGGACAGCUCCGUGACUUUACAUGGCUCCCUCCCUUUUUACCCCUGCCAUCUCGGCUCCAGACCCCCAAACCUCCCAGCUACUCCUAGCUCUCCAGUCUCCUCUCUAACUUGCCCCCCCGCCAUUCCCUUUGAACCCCACCCACCCAAUGUUGUGGAAAGCAUGGCAUGACUCUCACUUCUCUCUUGACACUUCGCCCCCAACGUGUGGCAAAUGCUCCUCCAUCUCCCCUCCGCAUGCCCCCCAUGAACACCAGCUGGUCAUGGGGGAGGGGUUUGAGAUUGGAGGCGAUUCAGUUGCCAUCUUCAGUGUCUGAAUGCCAGGCAGAUUUGGGGUUUAUUAAGGGGUUUGGGGUUCAAUAUUAUAUUCAGCGCUUUAAUUAAGGUUUUUAACACUCACUUCUCCAUUCCCAGCCCCUCUUCCCAAAAGUUUAAGGGUCAGGAUAGAGGGCAACCAAAAUAUUGGGGGAAAUUGUCUCCUGCUUCUCCUCCCUGUUGGUCUGUAUUGGGGAUGUGGGGUGUUAAAAGGAGGAUGAUCAUAACGGGGGAACCCGCAGCACUGUGGUGUUUGUUACGGUUUGGAGGUUGUGUGUGCACGUACGUAAUCUCUGCAGAAGGGUUUAUUCUGGAGGGGAGACAAAAGGCAAAAUGUGGGGUGAGAGUAUCAUUCCCACUGAGUUGUAUUUCUGGGGGUUACAUUCCCCCCCCCCCAAUACCAGUAUGUAUGCCAUGAUCACCAGUGAAGCUUGGGGCCCACAGCUCAGGGCGGGGGGAGGACCAAGGGGGGAGACUCUGUUAUACAUCCUUUUUCCUUUCCCCCUCUCUUUCCUUCUCCUUCUAAGGUUGCAUAUUCAAGAUACUUGAAAGUGGAGCCAUCUGGAUCCCUUUUUUUCAACUCAUUGUACUCCCAGUCAGGGUGAUUCAAGUGUCCCCCCACGACCUUGGUUCUGAGGCCAUUGUGAGAAGCAUGUGGGGUUUCUGUCAGGCAAACAGCCCAACAGGAAUUGCACAGGACGUACAGAUUGUAUGAACUGACACCUCCACACAGAACCUGUAUGUAGAGCUGCCAUGCUACUUCUGAGCAUCUGUUGUGGCUCAGAAAUGUCUAGGUCCAACGGGGAACCCAGGCAGCCUGUGCCUCUGCACAAUUUCCACAGGGUACUGAACCCAUUGAUGGUUCUACAUACUCACAAUUUAUUAUUAUUAUUAUUAUUAUUAUUAUUAUUAUUAUUAUUUAUUACUACACUGCCCUUCAUACACAGAAAGGAGGCCUACGGUUAAUAUGGGGAUUUUGCUGCACCAUGACAGUUGAGAGGAAGUGUUGUAGUUAUUCUUGAUUAAUUCACAUAGAAUUUGUAGGGUGUAAUCUUGUGGUUGUGGUUUCAGGUCGUAACCUUUAGCAGUUAGCUGGAAGUUGGUUCCAUCUGGGUUUACUUCCAAGUAAAUUUGUUUAGGAUCGGGAUAAUAUUAAUCUCCCCCCACCCCACCUCUUCCCUCCUUCCCCCCCGUCUCCAGUUCAUUUCAUUGUCUGAUUUAUCCUUCUCCCAAUCUUCUUUUUCACCUCUUGCUUUUUCUCAUCUUUAUGGUUCUCUUCCUAUGGCCCUAUUCUUUUUCCUGGCCUAUCCCAAAAUUCCUGCUCCUGUACUCUUAAUCUGCAGCCUGCGGCCUCCAAACCAACCUAUUUUCCAUAGCAGCCAAAGCAUCCCCCUCCCCAUCUCCCCCUCCCAACAUUCCCAGAGGCACUCUGACUAUAUAUUACUCAGUGUCUGUGUAUCUGAUCGUGCCGUAAUUGUGCGUUUCAGUUUGUCCGGCUCUUUGCCCCGGUCGAUAUCGUGAUUUUUUCUUCCAUCUUUAAAUGACAAAAAUACCAACGACAACAGCAGCAAAAUGACCGGAAAAAUAUGCAUUAAUCCCCCAAAUCUGCCCCCUCACCCAAAAGGUAUAGAGAAAAAAUGGAUAAAAACCAAAUAAAAAGGGAACGAAAAUGUAUUAAAAAA